AUGGGCGGGGAGCUCUGGCCCCGUGGGAGCACAGCCCCUGCACCCUUCCUGCGGCGCCCGCUCCUUUCCUCUCCGGCCCGCAGAGCUGGGGUGGUCUUUGGAAAUUGCCCUCACCACCGGCCCACCGGCUCCGCGGGUCCCAUCUUGAGGCAGUGGCCCUGGAGCCGGUUUGAUCCCACUGAACUGGCUUUCCCGAGCUUCCUCAGCUUCCCAGGGCCCUCUCUUCACCCUUCUCCAGCCCCUGGGACCUCUGCUCCGAGCCCCAGCCCCUCCACUGGUUGACCCUGCUGGCGGGUGGGCUCAGGGCAGCGGGUCUUCCAGAGCCUGUCCUGCCCUUAAGGAGCCACGUGCCAAAUAGCAGCACGCUCCAGGGGAACAGGAUAGAAGGUGGUGUGCUAAGUGCCCUGGGCUCUCACCUUCUUCCCUACCAUGAGGUGGGGCCGCCAUUUGCCCAGGGCCUCUUGGGGCUCUGGUCUGGGAGGAGCGCUCCAGUCAGCAGAUGAACGAAUCCCCUUCCUGAUCCACUGGAGUUGGCCCCUUAAAGGGAAGCUUCCCAUUGGGCUCCCUAGGGCCUUUGUACGUCACCGUGGAAGCUCAGCGGGCAGUGGUUCUCCAUCAAGAAGCCAUGGAAAGUUGUUCCAGGGCAUCUCUGCAUCGGAAGCUGUCCAGGGCCACCGCCGGAAUCUGGCCGAGUGGUUCAGCCGAUUGCCCAGAGAAGAGCGCCAGUUCGGCCCGACCUUUGCACUGGACACGGUCCACGUAGACCCUGUGAUCCGCGAGAGCACCCCGGAUGAGCUGCUUCACCCAUCGGCGCAGCUGGCCCUGGAGCACCAGCACCCCCUGGCCGGGCUCCCCACCCUGGCCCUGUCUCAGCUCUUCGACCCCGAUGCCUGUGGGCGCCGGGUGCAGACAGUGGUGCUGUACGGGACGGUGGGCACGGGGAAGAGCACGCUGGUGCGCAAGAUGGUCCUGGACUGGUGUUACGGGCGGUUGCCGGCCUUCGAGCUGCUCAUCCCCUUCUCCUGCGAGGACCUGUCCUCCCUGGGCUCUGCCCCAGCCUCCUUAUGCCAGCUCGUGGCUCAGCGCUACACGUCCCUGAAGGAGAUCCUGCCUUUGAUGGCUGCUGCUGGGUCCCGCCUGCUCUUUGUGCUCCACGGCUUGGAGCGGCUCAACCUCGACUUCCGGUUAGCGGGAACAGGGCUUUGCAGUGACCCCGAGGAGCCAGGGGCACCAGCUGCCAUCAUUGUCAACCUGCUGCGCAAGUACAUGCUGCCCGAGGCCAGCAUUCUGGUGACUACCCGGCCCUCUGCCAUCGGCCGAAUCCCCAGCAAGUACGUGGGCCGCUAUGGUGAGAUCUGUGGCUUUUCUGAUACCAACCUGCAGAAGCUCUAUUUCCAGCUCCGCCUCAACCAGCCGGACUGCGGGAACGGAGCUGGGGGUGCGGGUGUCUCGGCCACGCCAGCUCAGCGUGACAGCCUGGUGCAGAUGCUCUCCCGCAACCUGGAGGGGCACCACCAGAUCUCUGCCGCCUGCUUCCUGCCCUCCUACUGCUGGCUUGUGUGUGCCACCUUGCACUUCCUGCAUGCCCCCACGCUGCCCGGGCAGACCCUCACGAGCAUUUACACCAGCUUCCUGCGGCUCAACUUCAGUGGGGAGAUGCUGGACAGCACUGACCCCUCCAAGUUGUCCCUCAUGGCCUAUGCAGCCCGAACCGUGGGCAAGUUGGCCUACGAGGGGGUGUCCUCCCGCAAGACCUACUUCUCCGAAGAGGACGUCCGCGGCUGCCUGGAAGCUGGCCUCAAGACGGAAGAAGAGUUCCAGCUGCUGCAUGUUUUCUGCCGGGAUGCCCUGCGGUUUUUCCUGGCCCCGUGCGUGGAACCAGGGCACCGGGACACCUUUGUGUUCACUGUGCCUGCCAUGCAGGAGUACCUGGCCGCCCUCUACAUCGUGCUGGGUUUGCGUAAGACGACCCUGCAGCGGGUGGGCAAGGAGAUGGCCGAGCUCGUGGGCCGAGUCGGGGAGGACGUCAGCGUGGUCCUGGGCAUCGUGGCCAAGCUUCUGCCCCUGCGAGCCCUGCCUCUGCUCUUCAACCUGCUCAAGGUGGUGCCGCGAGUGUUUGGGCGCAUGGUGGGUAAGAGCCGCGAGGCGGUGGCCCAGGCCAUGGUGCUGGAGAUGUUCCGAGAGGAGGAUUACUACAACGACGACGUCCUGGACCAGAUGGGUGCCAGUAUCCUGGGCGUGGAGGGCCCGCGGCGGCACCCGGACGAGCCUCCCGAGGAUGAGGUCUUUGAGCUCUUCCCCAUGUUCAUGGCGGGGCUCCUCUCUGCGCACAACCGGGCCAUGCUGGCUCAGCUAGGCCGCCCCAUCAAGACCCUGGAUGCCCUGGAGAACGCCCAGGCCAUCAAGAAGAAGCUGGGCAAGAUGGGCCGGCAGGUGCUGCCCCCGUCCGAGCUCCUUGACCACCUCUUCUUCCACUACGAGUUCCAGAAUCAGCGCUUCUCCGCCGAGGUGCUCAGCUCCCUGCGCCAGCUCAACCUGGCGGGUGUGCGCAUGACGCCCCUCAAGUGCACGGUGGUGGCGGCCGUCCUGGGCAGCGGAAGGCAUGCCCUGGACGAGGUGAACUUGGCCUCAUGUCAGCUGGACCCUGCUGGGCUGCACACACUCAUGCCUGUCUUCCUGCGUGCCCGGAAGCUGGGCUUGCAACUCAACAGCCUGGGCCCCGAAGCCUGCAGUGUCCUCCGGGACCUGCUGCUGCAUGACCAAUGCCAGAUGACCACCCUGCGGCUGUCCAACAACCCGCUGACAGUGGCUGGUGUGGCCCUGCUGGUGGAGGGGCUGGUGGGGAACAGCUCCCUGACGCAUCUGUCCCUGCUGCACACGGGCCUUGGGGACGAGGGCCUGCAGCUGCUGGCUGCCCAGCUGGACCGUAAUCAACAGCUACAGGAGCUGAACGUGGCCUACAACGGUGCUGGCGACAGGGCGGCCCUGGCCCUGGCCCAGGCUGCCCGGGACCACCCUUCCCUGGAGCUGCUGCACCUCUACUUCAAUGAGCUGAGCUCAGAGGGCCGCCAGGCCCUGCGGGACUUGAGCGGCACUGCUAAAGGGGGCGCUCGGGUCGUGGUGUCGCUGACAGAGGGGACAGUGGUGUCCGAGUACUGGUCGGUGAUCCUUAGUGAAGUCCAGCGGAACCUCAACAGCUGGGAUCGGGGCCGCGUCCGGCGUCACCUUGACCUUCUGCUUCGUGAUCUGGAAGACAGCCGAGGGGCCACCCUUAACCCCUGGCGCAAGGCCCAGCUGCUACGAGUGGAGGGUGAGGUCAGGGCCCUCCUGGAGCAGCUGGGAGGCCUGGGAAGCUGAAGCAGGGGCGGCAGUCACCUAGCUGUGUGACCCUGCCCCAUGAUCCUUCCCUCUGUGGCCUCCUGGUUUGCAUUACUGCUUCCAGAAAGGUCCCUCUGGGGCUGCAGGUAAAGGGAUGGGUUCUCAGGUGUCCCAUGUCCACCCAUGGCUCCCAAGUCUGGAAUUUCCAGGGUCAUGAAACAGGCCUCCUCUCCGUUCUGUGAGGAAGACUGAGAAAGACUCCUUCAGGUGGCAUUUUGGUGGCCACUUGCCCUGCGGCGCAGCCAACCUGGCCUCUCUCCUCUCGGGAGCUUCUGAUUGUGCCACCAGGGGGCGCACUUCUUAAGUCGCCUUUGCCAAAGGUGCGCCAUCCAGCUGUGUCCGCGGGCCUGCCCCUUCUGCCUUGCUGCUCUUCAGAGGACCCCGAGGAUGCCCGCAGCCACUUUCCUCUCGCUUUGGUGCCUUCCCCUCCCCUCCCCGUCCCCUUCCUCACCACCGUACCUGUGCUCCGUGGCUCUGAGGGCCAUGUGCACUGCCAUACUUCCAUUAAAAGCUAUGUCUUCACCUACUGUGGCCUCCUCCUUGCCUGGUGCUUUCAAGAAAGGGUACUGUUUUUGGUCAUUGUGGUAAACUA